AAAGAAGAAGACGAACAUGAAUUCAGGGAUCGUAACUUCACUUUUCGUGAGACUUCUUCCUCAGACGAGUUUUUAAAGAGGAAGAAGGCGACAGGGCUUCAUGUCUAUCCACUUUGUGAUGCUGCUGUGUCUCCCCUUACUGGUCCUGCUGCUGCCUCGCCCAGGCCAAACCUCACCCAUCAGCUGCUACAAUGACAAAGGCAUCGCAACGGACUGGUUCUAUUUGUACAAGCUACCCAAAUUUAGUGGACACACAUCUGCAGCUGAAGGUUUGCUGUACUUGCUGCUGGACAAAGGCAAUAGUGGAUGGCUGGACGGGAUGGCGACGGUGAACGACAGUGCAAGUGCUUUGGGCAGCACAGUGGGACAACUCUACACACCAGAGAGUAGAGAAACUGCGUUCAUCCUCUACAACGAUCAGCAGCCUGAUGGUGUCCCCGCCGACAGAAAAAAACACAGCUACAACGGCCAUGGCGGUCACACUAAAGGUGUGGUGAUGCUGGAUAAAGAGCAGGGCUUCUGGUUGGUCCACAGCACGCCAAGGUUUCCCCCAGUGCGACAGGGUGGAGCGUUUGCCUACCCACACUCCGGUGUGAAAAACGGGCAGAACUUUCUCUGCAUCACUUUCCCGCUGCAGAGCUUCCAGACCAUCGGCGAGCAGCUGAAGAUCAACCAGGUGGCUGUUUAUGACUGCGACGUCCCGCCUUCUCUGGCCACUCUGGUUCCCUCACUGGCUGCUUUGUGUAAGAAGAAGCGAGCUAUGUCCAAUGCCACUGUCACUGAGGACAAGCAAGUGUCCAACCGGAGCGUGACACUGACCUCCCAGGGGGGAACGCAGUUCAUCAGCUUCGCCAAAGGGGCGACGUUCAAGAAUGACUUGUACCAUGCCUGGGUGGCACCAACCCUCCAGUCCGACCUCCUGGUCCAGUUCUGGCGCGCCAGCUCCUCACCUGUCCUUCCCUCAGACUGUUCUCUGGGCUGGAAGGUUCUGGACAUCAGCCUCCUGUCUCCAGGGAAGAAGCCCAGCUAUAACACCACCCAUGACCACUCCAAGUGGGCCGUCAGCACCGUGGCAGCGGGUGGGCCCGGAGGAGGUUGGGUGUGCGUGGGAGACAUCAACCGGAUCCAGGCGCAGGAAUUCCGAGGCGGUGGCACCGUGUGUCAGAGAAACCCCGCCGUGUGGAAGGCGUACAGGACGACGGCGCUGCAGUGUGAGAUGUGUGGCGGAGCCACAGGUCAGUGCUAAGGUCAGCGCCAACUGCGCAUCAAAGUUCAUGACUACAGGGAAACAGAUUCAUCUUGUUUACGUCACACAUAAUCCUUGCCAUCGAUUUAGUAUGUCCAGGCCGACUGAGGCCAGUGUGAGUUCUUAAGCGUUCUUCUGCAUCAAAACGAGUAGAAGUUAAGAAUGAAGCCACACAGUGACACAAGAAAAUGCAUUUUUAUGGACAAACUGGACUAAAAAAACAAUCAUUUUUCAUGUUCUGUGUUCUUUAGUAAAUCUUAUUCAAUCCAAAACAAGCAGCUUAACUUAACAAUCAGCAAGUGACUUUUAUACUCAUUGAACUGUUUGAUCUGUUACAUUUUUUAACUGAAUGAUGAUUAACUUUGCACUUUUACAAUCAUUAGUGAAAUAAACUUAAAUAUUUUUUUAAAUGUAGGUGUUUUCCAUUCUGCUUUGCCGUCGCUUCGGUUGUUGAAGGUCAACGACCAAAUGUUCAUGGGAAUAUUUAUUAAAAAAUCAGAUGAAAACAUUUUGGUAAUCAAAGUAUGUGUGGGUUUUUAAAUAUAGUUCUAUAGAGAAUUUAUUGACUUCACACCAUAUUUUGUGGUCACAUUUGUCCAUAUAAUAUAAAUUCCUGCUUUAAAAAAAUGGUCCUUUACUGUACUUUACUGUAUGUAUAAACCAC